AUGCCCGUCGCGGACGGAACGGGUGGCGGCGUGGCCAAAUGGCAACUCGCCCUAGUGGUUGGUGCGCCGGUUGCCCUUGGCCUCGGUUACAUGUACUACAAGAACAAUGUCCGGACUAACGCCAAGCCGGAUCGUCGUCCCAAGCCCAAGGAGAACGGAGCGUCUACCGACAAGCAGAUCUCCAUCGACGGCGACGUCGACGGCAACCAAGUGCCUUCUUCCGCGCCCAAGCAGCCGGAGACCCCUUUAGAAAUGGCGCAGAAAUACAAGAAGGAAGGAAAUACAUAUUUCAAAAUAGGAAAAUAUGAUAAGGCCAUAGCUCAAUAUAACAUGGCAAUUGAAAUUUGUCCAGUGAAAUAUGUGGAUGAAACUGCAACCUUUUAUCAAAAUAGGGCAGCUGCAUAUGAACAAUUGGGAAAAUAUGAUUCCGUAAAAAUGGACUGUACAAAAGCAAUAGAGCUAAGACCAAGGUAUGUGAAAGCUUUGUUACGUCGAGCGCGUGCUUUGGAGCAAAUGGGGGAUCUGGAAUCUGCUUUAGAAGAUGUCACUGCCACAUGUAUCUAUGAAGCCUUUAGUAGUCAUACAUCUCUUACACUGGCAGAUAAGCUUUUGAAACAACUUGGGAAACAACAUGUUCACGAAAAUUUGCAAAACAAAAAGUUUAUAAUGCCAAGCAAACAUUUCAUCAAAACUUAUAUGGUAUCUUUCCCCAAUGAUCCAGUAUUUUCUAGACUUCAGAAUCCAUUACCAGAAGAUAUCCCAAAGGUUUAUAACAACAUCUUACAAGCAAUGAAAGACGAGAAAUACGACGAUAUAAUAUCACUGUGCACGGAUGUUAUUACCAGUCCAGAUUUUGACACAUUGCCGUAUAAAAUGGAGAUAAUGCUUUUACGAACCACGUUUUAUCUUCUCUUGGGUAAACACUCUGACGUGUUUAAAGACUUGGAUUUUAUAAUAAACAACGUAGACACGCCUAAGAAUGUGAUAUUGAAUGCGCUCAUAAAGAAGGCAACCUUAUACAUGCAACUUGAAAUGCCAGAAAUGGCUAUAAAUGGUUUUGGAGUAGCUAUCAAGCAAGAUGAAACUUAUAGUGAUAUUUAUCACCACAGUGGACAGGUGCACUUACUCUUAAAUCAAGUGGAUGAAGCUAAACACGAUUUUGAGAAAGCAGUUCGUUACAACCCAAACUUCGGUCCUGGUCAUAUGCAAAAAUGUUAUGCAGAUUAUCGUUAUGCGAUCUACUAUAGAGAUAUGAAUGCACUGCAAAAGGCUGAAAAAGACUUUAUGGAAGCUUUGGAAAAAUACCCAGAUCGUCCCGAAGGUUAUAUGUUGUGUGGACAGAUGAUGUCUGAAAGUCAAGAUUACGAGAAGGCGGAUGCAUACUUCGCUAAAGCGUUAGAGAUAGAUCCGGAGAAUGCAAAUGUAUACGUGCAUAGAGGUUUGCUACAAUUGCAAUGGCACGGUAACAAUAGCUCAGGAAUCAAUAAAGCCGUGGAAUACAUUCAUAAAGCAUUGAAAAUAGAUGAGAAAUGCGAGCUUGGGUACGAAACACUAGGAAGUAUCGAAGUGCAAAGAGGCAACUUAGAAGAAGCGAUAAAAUUGUUCGAUAAGGCUUUGGAAUUGUGUCGUACGUCCAUGGAACUUACACAUCUGUACAGCUUGAGAGACGCCACAAAGACACAACUUACGUUAAAAAAUAAAUUAGGGCUUGAUAUCAAAGACGUUCCGAACGUGUCCUAAAGUAUAAAAAAAUUAAUAAUAAAAAAUACUUUAAUCAACUCUGAAAAAUUACAUUUUUUGUUAGCAUGUCACAACAUGACGCUCACGUAUCCAAUUAAGGGAAAUACUUUAUUCUGUGUUAUUUCUUGUUAAUAAGGUAUGCGGACGAUAGUACUUUAUUCCUAAUUGCAUUUGAUCUCUAGUACACAAGAAAGGAUAGUAACAUGAUGAGUUAGUUUAUCACAGAUGUCUUGUAGAUUAAAAGUAUUUGUUGAACGAUGAGAUUUAUACAUUAUUGUUUUAAAGACUGUCUUAUUUAACAAGGUCCUGUUUUUAUAUGUGCAGAUCUGGUAUACAUUUUGAUUAUAAUUGUGAUUAUAAUUUAAAAAUUUUUUAAACCUGAAAUGUUUAUUGAUACUUAAAAGUAUAUUGUUGCUCGAUAUAUGGAAUAUUUUAUAUAAUAUUAAAAACAAUGUGUAAUAGCCUAUAAACAUGCAGUUAUCUUUUGUAUUAUUCUGUACAUAAGGCAUCAUACACAUCACACAGUAAUCAAGUUUUUAAACAAGUUAUACACGAUCUCUUGCGCGAUUGUUUGCGCAGAUAAGAAAAUUACACAUUUAUUUAUUUUGUUCUAUAUAGAAAAUAAUAUACUAUGGUAUAUUGGUGAUUUAUAAUAUGCUUUGGCACACAAAAUAGCGCAUCAUGUAUAAUUUAACAAAAAACACAAAGUUUUAAAUACAAAUACAAAAUUCUACAACGAGGAGAUAGAGGUUUUAUGAUCAUAUUGAUCAUAUGAUAUGUACAAUAACUAUAAUAAAUUUGCGAUUUGAAAUUGUAA